CACACACGUGUUGUCAUCGCAUGGGAACCGCUCGGAGUAAAUAGCUGCUCGGAGAGGAUCAGAUUUGUGAGUUAUUUCACCAUUUUGUGCGCGUAUUGAGUUUCGAGCUUUUCAGUGGUAACAUUUUAGAGCAUGUGCUGUCAGGUUUUUAAGAAAGAAUUUUUACAAGAAGAUGUUUUCGUGUUUAGAAGUUUGAAUGACUGCGUUAGCAUGUUAGCUUCAACUCCACCUAAGUGCCUGCCAAUGUGAUCUGUUGCCCAUGUGUUUUCUUGACUACAUUCUCGUGUUUCACAGGAAAAAAGACUCGGGAGCAACAUGUCUUUCAGAGGAGGAGGUGGACGUGGUGGAGGUGGGAGAGGUGGAGGAUUUAACCGAGGUGGUCGAGGAGGAGGGGGAUAUGGAGGAGGAGGAUAUGGAGGAGGAAGAGGUGGUGGAGGGUAUGGACGAGGUGGUGGAAGAGGGGGUUUCAACAGACAGCAAGAUUACGGUCCUCCAGAGCAUGUUGUUGGUAAGAUCACAAAGUCUCAAACCCAGUGAGAUACUGUCAUAUCAGAGUAGGGGAGAGUGGGGUAAGUUGAGCCACCCCCUGUUGCUUAGAAAUGGUAAAAGAAAUUGAUCAUGUAACCAAAUAUUAAGGAGAUGUGCAUCAAUUCAUGGAGUCUGUGAAGGUUAGAAGCACAUGGGUAAAGAGGUUCGACAUUUAUUUACAAAAAAAAAAAACAUUUUUUCACUCUUUAAAGUGAAUUUAGUCUGUCAUAAGUUUUAUUAAAAUUGUGUUCAGACCAAAAAAGAUCAUUUUAAAAUUAUUUUAUACAUCGAUUGUGGUAUAAAUUAGCUACAACGUGAGGUCAAAAACUUUGCAUAAAAGUCCACCAUUUUAGCUUAGUUAAAUCCAUGUUAAAAUAGAUUUGUACAAAACAGCUUUUUAGCAGUUAUAUGCAAUAUUAAGAAAAAGUAUUAUUGUACCAGUUGAAUAGCCUAUAAUAGAUAAAAAUACACAUGAAUGUGAAGAAGUGACUGUUAUUUAGGUGGAGAGAAGGUGAGGGAGGGCUGGGGUGGAGAGUGGGGGGGUAGUAGGGAUACGGAUCAACUUACGCUCCUAUGGACAACUUACCCCAUACACAGGGUAAGAUGACCAUAGGAGACCACUUUUUUUGCAUGCUGUAUUAUCAAGACAGUUCUGUUUACACUCAUUCUGUUGGUUUGCAGGGAUGCACAACAUCUUGAAAUAUAUGCAGAUACACUAGUUAGAGACAAAACUAUGAUUGCCUUGAUGUAGUGAUCUGAAAUAUGAAAAAUGGCUCAUCCUACCCCACUCUCCCCUAUAAGAGUUCUCCUAAAUCUGCAGGGUCUGAGAAUAGAUAAAACCAAUCAGGUUCAAUCUUUGUGCUAAAUUUGGACAUAAAACCCAGAUUUUCUGACAACAUAAUCACCAUUGAUGCUGUAAUUUGUAAGUUGCAUUCACGGCUGUUUUUUUUUCUCUGAAGAACUAGAUUUGAUAGGAUUUGCCCCAAUUUCAAGGUUGGGAUAAAGAAUUGCUAAGGCAGUUUGCGUUAUCCGUUGUAUUUACACCUUUUAGACAUGUUUAGGGUGUUGUUUAAAGCACAUUACUCUUCAGUUCCCGCAGAGCCAACUCUGUGAGAACUGAAAAGUAAAAAUUCUGUUUCAUUUUUUUUUUUUUGCUUUGUUAAAUAAUAAACAAAAAUGUUCAAGACUUUCUAAACACUUGAGCUGAGAAAACAAGGAUAGUUUGUUCCAUCUCUUUUGCACAGUGAGCACAAGUUAUUUGUCACUGACACUGCAGCUUCAUUGUUCAUAUUGCAUUAAAUUUUACUACUGUGACAAAAGUUUUGGCAAAUGGCUCUUUAAGCCCACCACAGGAGGGUAGAUAAUAGAUACCAGAGCCCUCAUCAUGAUGGCAAAAGCAACUUUUAAAAAAACUCAUCUUUGUUUUAUUUGGUUUUCCUCCACAGCACUGGGAGAGUUCGUGCAUCCAUGUGAAGAUGAUAUUGUGUGCAAGUGUACAACAGAUGAAAACAAAGUCCCCUACUUCAACGCCCCAGUUUACUUGGAAAACAAAGAGCAGAUCGGGAAGGUGGAUGAGAUAUUUGGCCAGCUCAGAGACUUUGUAUCCUUUCUCAAUUUCUGGACCUCCUAAACAACCUGUAAUGAACACUGACAUGGGAUGAUUUCUUAAGACUGAAUACUGAUGUUACUAGAGAAAAGACAAUGUUAAUUUCUUAACCAGUCUUUGCAGUAUUUUUCAGUCAAACUGUCUGAAAACAUGAAGGCAUCUUCGUUUAAGAAACUGCAAAAGGUAUGAUUUUUGUGUAACCAUUUUGAAGUUAUUUAAGGGUUUUUUGAGCUUGCAUGUAUUGUAUGUACUAAUUUAAUAAUUUGUUUUGUCUUUUUAAGUUUUAUAUAGAUCCAAUGAAGCUCCUCCCACUUCAGAGAUUCCUCCCUAGGCCGCCAGGAGAGAAGGGCCCACCUAGAGGAGGCCGCGGUGGAGGAAGAGGUGGUGGUCGUGGAGGUAGGAGAAUGAAAACAUGGGGUUUUCUUUUUUUUCUAUACUUAAGGCAAAGCUUGUAAACAUCUGCUCUGUUUUUGUUUUAGGUGGUUUCAGGGGUGGCAGGGGUGGUGGUGGACGUGGAGGAUUUGGAGGUGGUCGAGGAUUUGGAGGGGGCAGAGGAGGAGGUGGACGUGGUGGAGGAGGCUUCAGAGGAGGCGGACGUGGAUUCAGAGGUCGGUCUCUUUUACAAUAUUAUAUCUGUUGUCUUUUCUGCCAUGAAGUAACUCAUUUUUGUUAUUGACCUGUAGGUGGGAGAUGAUCGGACACCAAAAGGCCUGAAAACCUGGCCCUUUGGACCCAGAAUAUGGACCCUGCCUCUUUUUGUAGGACUUGAAUGGACUUUGUUUUUUUCUUUUUUUGUACCAGUUUAAUAUGUUUGAUGGAUCUUCAUGAUUUUUAUUUAAAAGGUUCAUAUGUAUGCCUCUGUGUCACAUAGUGUGGACCUUUCAGUCAGCAGGAGAGGAUCGAUGUUUUUCAUUGUUAACAUGCUUGUCAUUAUCCUUCACAGAUUGUGUUAAAUUGUCAGACCAUAUUUUCAUGAAAGACACAUUAAAUCUCAACAAACAGUGUAUGAGUUUAUACUUUGUAAACUGUUCUUUGAAAAGAUUUUAAUACACAUACUUUGUAUGAUCUAAAGCAGAUUGCUGUAAUUAUUUUUGCUGAAGGCCUUGAUUAAAAGGCACUUUGUAUCUGUACACUUUUGUAACUGUCUGUUUUUAGAAGUGAGGUGAAGCGACUAACUUCAAAGUCAUUUAAUAGAAAGUUAAAACAACAUGUUGUGUAAAGGGAAGAAAGCACUGAGAAAAAACUCACAAAUUAACAGAGCAAGUUAUUGGAUCACCGGUUCUGUUAAACAGACCUACAGAACCAGGUAGUCGUGAGUGGCCGCUGUACAGCAUAGACAGAAUGUUAUGAUCGGCAUUUGGAGCCCAUGUUGAUAAAGCUGGAUACGUUUUUGUUAGACUAGGGAUUCUGGUGCCUGCUACCAAGGUUUAUGAUACUAAUUUCUGCUCUGAAGCAAAAAAAAAAACAUCUUUUUCCUCCAAGGAUGCUUUGUAUGUCUCUACUCACUACCUAUUUUUCUUUUCUUAUUCAUAUACAGUAUAUGACAACUGAAUGUGUCCAAUUCACCUACUAAAGGGGUUUUAUCAUCAUCAAUCUGAGUGCAAGGCAUAGGCAUGUAACCAUGAUUUUCUAACAACACAAAGCUCAGGUUCAAAGAGUUAAUCACAGCCCAAUAUGCAAACUGCUGAAGAAACCUGACACCUGCAGUGCAUAGAGGUAUGAGAGUGGACUUCACAGUGAGUGGGGUGCUGUUGGCCUGGUGUCCUCUUAUCAGUUCCUGGCUUGACAACUCGGCCAUGCCUGUUUGCUUGCUGAUUUCUCUUUUCCCCUGCCCCACACGCUUCCUGUCCCUCUUAAGCUGUCCUAUCAAAAAAAGGCUAAAACAGCUUGACGGGGACACAGGAUUUGUCUUUUUCCCAUUUUUUUGACUUGUAAAGUAGAAUUAAAAAUAUUAUAUCAUGCCCUCAUAAUUCACAAGGUUGUUGUGCUAAAUAUAUGCCCCCAUAUUAAGAUGUUAUCUACAGACCUCUCCCUGUACUCAUUGCCAAUUAUUAUUUAACCUGUGUGGGCCCCUUUCCCCAGGUUGACACUCUUGAACUGUUGAUAACUACACUGAAAUCUACAAAAUAAAGCUGAUUUAUUUCUCUGAAAGAUACUCUAUCCUAUAACUCUGUAAUAUGUAGAAACAGACAAAAUUAUUGGAUUCAUUUAUUGACUUAGUUCACUGUUAAUCUGUCAUAUUCACAUUACAGUUAAGAAUAUAUAAUAUAUAUAUUAAUUUUAUUGUGCAGCACUUUGGUAGACUCCAAUAAAGCGGAUUGGAUUGGUUAAAAAUCACCCGGCGAUAGUGAUGGUGUUACUAAUUUGAGCGAUAGUGUUCUAGGGUUAAACCGUACAUAGAUAUCUGUAUUUUUACCCUGCUGUAGUCCACAUUUCAUGGCAUGUUUUUCCUCCUAAACGCGCCUGCGUCACGCGUAGCCCUCAGCCCCUCGUUUCUGAUUGGUCCGGACGAAAACUCCUUUACGUCCGCGCGCC